CUCUGUGUGUAUGUGUUGGCAGCAGUUGCCGAUAUUCCCCUGAAGGAGGCAGUGUGUAGCCUGCAAUCGGGUUCUUCUCCGACGUCUCACAGCCGGUCCUGAGCGUGAAGGAACAAAAUAUUAACUAACCGGCUCAGGAGAGGAGGUGCACCGCUAUUAAGGCAGGGGGAAAGAGUUAAGACGCGGGAGCAAGGCUCCUGAGCCUUGGAGAGUUGAACGGGGGCUGAAGGACGCAACGGGCUUGGUCAGUUUCACACCUCCCGCCCCCAACCCCGGCUUUGGGACUGAAACCGACAAAAAGGUCAGAAACCAGCGAAGAAUGCAAACUGCUCGCCUCUGUGAGGCAGCACGAAAGUUUUUGCUCUGUCGUCGGGCUGUCAUUUUCUUUGCGUUUGCCAAGCCAGGACAUGCAUCUUUAAGAAGCAACUAAAGACAUAAUUUUAUUUAUCUCCCCCCCCCUCCCCCAAAUCUGGCGGAUUCCUUGCUGGGAGAAUUAGGAAACUCCCCUUUCCACAUGCUAGCGGGAAGAUCGAAGAAAAGCCGAGCGGAUCGACGGUGAACUUUUCCAAUGUAGAGGUUUCAUCUGAAGGAAGCACGCUUACUUUCUGGCGAUUUAUCUGGAGAAUAAUACAGCUGAGCUUUGAAUCCCGGCUUUGGGGAUCUUGCUGCACGAGGCUUGGUGUUGGUGGUAUUUGCUGCAGUACUUCAGCACUAGAGACUGUAGACAGGACUGUUUUUAUAUCGCUGGCUGGUGAGAGGACUAAUGUAUGACCUCAGUUAACUGUCGGUGGUUUCCGAAGUGAUCCUCUCAGUGCCUUCAAGUUUGUACUUCAUCCAGGCUGAAGCACCAUUAUGUUGAUGAAAGAGUACAGGAUCUGCAUGCCUCUCACUGUGGAAGAGUACAGGAUAGGACAGCUUUACACCAUCAGCAAACACAGCCAUGAACAGAGCGACAAGGGCGAGGGGGUGGAAGUAGUUAAAAACGAACCCCACGAGGAUCCCGUUCACGGAAAAGGACAGUUCACGGAGAAAAGAGUGCAUUUGUCCAGCAAACUCCCUAGCUGGGCUAGGGCUGUGGUACCUCGAAUAUUUUAUAUCACAGAAAAGGCCUGGAACUACUAUCCUUAUACUAUCACAGAAUACACAUGCUCCUUUUUGCCAAAAUUCUCCAUUUACAUCGAGACGAAAUACGAAGACAACAACGGGUGCAAUGAUCAUAUUUUUAACUCUGACAAAAACCACACGGAUCAUGAGGUGUGUUUCCUAGACAUUGCUUAUGAUGAAAUUCCGGACCGUUACUACAAGAGUUCAGAGGACCUCAGGUAUUUUGCAUCAGUGAAGACUGGACGGGGUCCCCUAAAGGAGGGUUGGCGGGAUGACCCCUCACCCAUCAUGUGUUCAUACAAACAAGUGACAGUCAAGUUUGAAGUCUGGGGACUGCAGGGGAGAGUGGAACAGUUUGUUCAGAAGGUCAUCAGGGACAUUUUGCUAAUAGGUCAUCGGCAAGCCUUUGCCUGGGUGGAUGAAUGGUGUGAUAUGACAAUGGACGAAGUUCGAGAAUAUGAGAAGCAAACUCAGGAAGCCACGAACGAGAAGAUUGGGAUCAUGGCCCCCACUAUCUCCAUCAGCGAAGCUGCCCAGCCUUCAACCACCCGCAGCGCCCCUGCCAGUGCGCCCUCCACACCGCUCAGUGGCGACCCACCCGACUUCCUCAGUGUGCCAAAGGACAGACCGCGGAAAAAGUCUGCCCCAGAGAUGCUGACACUGCCAGAGCUCAGAGAGCGCGCGACAAAAAAGUAAUGGCAGCCCCGUGCCAGCUGGGAGGCUGCAUUUUUGUGAUAUUCCAGUGAUUGAUUUUAUCUAAUGCUACUUAACCUGAAACAAAAAAAAAAGCCAUCUGUUAAGGAGUUCUUUAAAAGCUUUAGCCUGUAAAGAUACUGGGCAGUGACCUUUACAACAGCAAGCCUGCAUUAAUACUGACUGGCCAUCAGAUUAGCAUUCUGAAUUUGAGAUAAGGAUUUGGGAUGAGCUUAUGUUCUUUAACAGUAUUUUACUACACUCUCUUUAUCAUUCCUUGUUUGGACUUUUAGACAGACUCAGGACUAAGUGUGAGCAUGACUGCUAAUGCGUACUGUCACAUAAAUGCACUUCAGUGACAUAUUUACAAAGUUUAUAACCUAACCAUCAAUGCUCAUAAGGGGAAAGGCAGAGUGAACUAGCCUGCUGCUAGACAGGGGUUCGCUCAUGGUGUAUCUUGAUUUCUUGGUUGACGAGCAGAUAAAGACUACUUGAUAUAAGGAUAAUGCACCGUGCCAGACUCCCAACUAACCAAAUACACAAGUAAGCUGCGGUGAUAAUAUGGUAUUCCUGAGUUUGUUAAUAAAUGUUAUUAUUACAUUUGCUUUCAAAGUAUUUGCAGUGGAGCCAUUUCGUUGCGAUAGCUCCAGUCAUUUUGAUUCCCUCGUCCCUGGCACAACAGUUCUUAACUUUUUUAUAAAAGCUUCCGUCCUCCCAAGGCUUGAAGAACAUUCCCAUGUCAGGGGAAGUUUUUCUAACGUCUUCUGGAUAAGGUAUUGAUUAACCUCAUCACUUGGGUCGACCCUCACCUCUGGCCUUCCACCUCUCACUUCCCAUUGUAACACGAUCUAGUUUGUAUUUUAAUCUCUUUAUGGUGAUUGCUGCUCUGAAGCUUCUUUUCUCCUGCCUCCAAAUACACACCAUCCUAUCUGUCGUUCAUACACAUUAUUCCUCUUUCAACACUCUAACUGCAUUUUAAUAAAACUCAUUACUUCGGUUUCUACUGUAACUCAUUUUUUUUCCAGGACAAGACCUCGUGCCUCCCUCAGUCUUACCUUCUUUCUUGAAUCUGAAUGCUUUUCAAAUCUAAAUUUGGCAACUAACAACCAGAACGAAGCUUCCCCACAACCGCCCAAAGUCACAUGCCAUCCCAAUUUGGAUAUAGUUGAAGCCGAUGGGAAUCAGAGGGAGAACUCUCCAUUGGUGAGAGUCAUACCUAGCACCAAGGAAGAUGUUUGUGAUUGUCGGAGGCCAAUCCUUCUAUUGUGCUCUUGUCUUCAUUUCUCAUUCCAAGUGCAUUGUACAGUGGUGGUGCCACAAAUGUUGUAGCAUGCAAUUGAACUAGCCAGUAGUGCUUUUGACAUACCCUCAGGACCUGUCAGUCACUUCACUUUACAUAACAUUCCAAUCACUGCAGUUCCUGAGUCACAAAUGCUUGCAAGACACAGUAUGGAAACGUGACCGGAGAGCAUCAAUGGAUUGUGAUGGUGAUCCCGGUUCACUCCACCCUCCAUGAUUUUACUGGACCCUCCUUUAGGCCUAUAUGAAACGGAACGUUUUAGCCACGAGGAGGCUCCAACUGCAUUAACUGCUUCAUUCAAGAACCUGGAUUAUGGUUUUUGAUCAUUUAGAGUUGAUGGACCAAUAAACUGGUUGCAUAUUUGAUAUAUUUCCAAUAAUCCAGUGCGAUAGCCCACACUGUCCACUCAGACUUUACAUGGUGGAGAUCAAAGUGUUCUCCUUAAUCAUUGGAAAUGUUAUCAUUUGAACCGAAGUAGCAUGAUGUUUUUUUUUAAUAUGGUGUUAAUUUACGAUACUUGCCUAUAAUCUUUGAAAAAGCAAUUAAAUUGGAUUGCCCCGUGUGGCUGAGUCCCUACGUCACUGCGGGGAGACAUUGAAUGAUGACUCAAGACCUUCCUUCAUAAAGGAGGGAGACCCCAGUGAGUGAGUUGUUCACCAGUUGAAGGCAGCUCGAAGUAAUUGGCCUAAGGGAGCAUUAGCUAGGCUGCCCUCCCAGGAAGGACAUAAAGCUCAGAGAGAACCAAAAUAUAAAAAAAAUCAUUUACUUCCUUAAGAAAAAUCACAAUUUUUGGCUAGACUACCCAAUGUUAUGGCUGAGAGGAAAAGAUGAAGAAUGUUGCUUCUGGUUUUGGUAAAGAAGAGACUGCAAAAGCUUCGGUGCAGCUCUAAUUAUUAAUUUACUUGGGUCGCCAUGACUUGGAGGGAGUGCCAUGGCAACCGGAGUUUUUUUUUCCCCUUGAUCUUAUUUUUCCAUGUUCUUGUAUCUGCUGUUUAAUUGGAGUGACUCAUUUCAAAGUGCACCUGUGCCAUUUCUAUAUGAAACAGAUUGUACAAAUAAUGGCACUAUGUACACUUGCUACCUUCUGAGAAAAGACUGCAUAACCCACUGAAAUCAUGCAAGGCUGAGUUAACAUUGUGUAUAUAAGGAAAUAUAAUGUAAGCAGUUAUGAAUGGCCUUCAUAAGAGUGUCUAUUGCAGUAGCUGUAAAUAGUACAGAAGAUGUAUAAUUUUAGUUGAAUGCCUUGAUAUCAUAGGAAGUCAAGAGAAUGACUUAGCUUUCUACAUAGUAAAUGUUGUUCAUGGUGGUAAAUGAAUAUAUUACUGCGUAUUAAUGGUUCUAGGUUCUGAACUAUAGGGAUUAAGUUAUAGUUAGGCUUCAUGAAGUGUAUUGAAGAAUAAGGGUUUGCUUAUAUUCAUUAAGACAAUCGUGUAGCUACUCUUUUAAUAAAAGAAAUGUGUAAAUCA